AAAUACAACUCUUAUCGAACUCUGCGGUCGGGUAUGAGAUGUCAGAGUCGCUGAGAGAGCGAAAGGAGAGCAACGCCGGGACCGGCGGAUUGGCCGCCAGCGCCGGCAUAACCCUAGGCCUGCCGCCAAUCAUCACCCAUACGGCGGCCACACCUCAGGGCUCGCCCAACGCCACUCUCGAGCCCUCGCGAUCCUUUCAGACGAGUCCACUCGCACUGCACAUACAGGCGGCCUCUCUUUGCUCAAUCAAUCAGACAUUUGAGAAUUACACGCCUCCGGGCUCUACGCGAAACGUGGCCUCACUAUCGGUUCCGAGCAAUCAUUUUGUGCCACAAUUUCUUCAACGGCGCCGAAGUUCUGCGGGAUCUGUUUCGGGCGCCGCGAGCGGCGACUCUCUGGCGGUGUCCACACCGGGUAGUCGUCGGGGUUCGUGUCUGUCGGCCGCCGAAACCGCCAACACUAACCGAGUGGUGGCCAGCAUUUGCCGUAUCCAACGGCGCGGCAGUAAUACCAGCCGUCGGUCCAGUCAUAGCCAUCAGCGGAAGAAGUCGUCCGACCGGCAGAUACUGGUGUCGGACGAGCGCUCCGACAGCGACACCGAUAGUGAGACUUUCGAUAACAGUAGUGAUCGGCGACACAACGAACGCGAGGGCAGUGUCACCACCGAAGCCGAUGUGAACCAUCAGUCGUGUAACGGCGAU